AGUAACCUUGAUAUUUACGUGAAUUAUGAAUGAUGAAAGAAAAAAUUAUUUCAUAAUCUUCAAUCUAGUAUCUAGUUGUUGCGAAACUUAAUAGCAAUCAAAUUAAAAUGGAGACCGACGAAGAAACUCUCAGUGCCGGUAAACGCUUCAAAUAUUUUGCCAAAUUCCAUUGGAGAGGUUUUCUAAUAUUCUUGUUUCCAAUCAUAUUUCUACCCUUACUCUUCAUUCAACCUGCGAAUGAAAUGCGUUGUGCAUAUGUUGUUGCUUUAAUGGCCACCUUUUGGAUUUGCGAACUAAUUCCCCUUGGCGUAACCUCAAUGAUACCCAUUGCACUUUUCCCACUCUUAGGCAUUUUGGAUACCGAAACAACAGUGAAUGCAUACUUCCCGAAUGCCAUUUUACUAUUCUUCGGCAGCUUAGUUGUGGCCUUAGCUAUCGAAUAUUCGAAUCUGCAUAAGCGUAUAGCAUAUAUAGUACUGCAGAUCGUGGGCGCUAAGCUGUACAGAUUACAUUUCAGUAUGUUGUUUAUAACAAUGUUUGUAUCAAUGUGGAUUUCAAAUUCUGCUGCUACGGCUAUGAUGUGUCCCGUUAUUAAGGGCACCUUAGAGGAAAUGUCCUCUCAAGGUGUUGUUGAAAUGUGGGAUAGCAGUAAAGUCCUUGGUCCUGAGGACGCACCUUAUCCUUCCCGUGUGGCAAUAGCUUUUUAUCUUGGCGUUGCGUACGCAGCCUCUAUAGGAGGAUUGGGUACUCUUAUUGGCACCGGCACAAAUAUUGCUUUCAAAGGACUUUUUGAGCGAGCUUUCCCCGAAUCGGAUGUUAUGGAAUUUCUACCUUUCAUAGCAUUCAACAUACCGCCAAUGUUAGUCAAUACAACAUUGAUGGCCCUUGGUCUACAAUGGCAAUUUAUGGGCCUCUUUCGGGGUGCGGGAAAAAAACUGUCUGUUACAAAGGAAGCUGAAGAGGGGGCACGUGCUGUUAUUAAAGAAAAAGCUAAAGAAUUGGGAAAAAUUUCAUGUCACGAAAUACAGGUGGGCAUAUUUUUCUUGCUGAUGAUAGUGCUAUUCCUCGCUAGGAAACCGGGCAUGGGUGGCCUAAAAGGUUUUGCAGAUGUUUUAAAAGAAAAGAAAAUCAAAUCAUCUUGUGGUCUUUUGGGUGUUUCUUUUCUACUUUUUUCUUUGCCCAUUCAUUAUUUAUGCAUGAAAUAUUUUUUUUGUCGAAAACCCAGCGAAGAAGGUACACCAAGACCUCUACUCGAUUGGGACUGGUUCACCGUCCGCCACUCCUGGGGCCUACUGUAUUUACUCGCCGGCGGCUUCGCACUCGCCGAGGGUGCGGAUAAAUCUAAUUUCGCUGCUUACGUUGGCGAAUCGCUAUCAGCCCUGAAGGUCCUCCCACCGUGGGUAUUACAACUCUUUUGUUUUUGCCUUGCGGUCUUUUGUACAGCAUUCACGUCCAAUGUCGCCAUGUGUAACAUACUGAUACCGAUCUUAAUAAAUUUGUCAUUAUCUGUUAAAAUAAACCCUGCUUAUAUUUGUCUACCUGCUGCUUUGGGCAUGAGUAUGGCAUUCCAUUUGCCGGUGAGCACACCACCGAAUGCCAUAGUGGCUGCAUAUGGUAAUAUUAGAACAAAGGAUAUGGCGAUCGGUGGCGUUAUACCAACAAUUAUUGUCAUCAUCACAUUGGUAGGCUUUGCGCAAUCUUGGGGUCUGGUCAUAUGGCCCGAUUUAAAUGAAUUCCCAGCUUGGGCAAAUAAAACACAAUCUUAGAUUUAUUGUUGUUAUGUUAAUGUUUAUGUAUAUGUAUGUUCGUAUAUAUUCGAUUU